CAAAACUGCAAAGCUAGGCUCUUUAUUUUUUCGGUUGCUCAGGCGGAGGAAAAGUUGUUUCAAACGGCUCAAGUAAUGUGGAUAAAUUGGCUUUCAGAUAUAUGAUGUGUAAGGUGGAGUCAAGCACAGAUUCAGAGUCUGAUGUUAGUCCCAGAUGGUCAGACACCAGCACUAUGGGCUGUGUUAGCAGUGCAGCAGAAAGCAGACCAGUCCAGCGGAGUUUGUUAUGCGGACAUAAGCCUGCUGGUCGACAUCCUUCAUAUCACUGCUUGUCCAUAGAUCCCUACGAUGGGAGCUCAGAGGACUCAGACGUGUCCGACUCACUGAGCUUCCCCUGGAGGCAGAGGCAGCCGCAGGCGGGCUGUCGUUGGGGGAGGACCAGCCGCCGGGUCCCCUUUCACUCUGCCCCCCCACUCCUCCGAGGCGUCAGCCUGAACGAGCUGAGGGCCGUAGAGACAGAACCUGGCAGGGCUGAGCAGAACCAACAGAAGACCUUGGACAUCCAGAUGAGGUCAACCAGCGAGUUGGAUCAUUGGAUUUGUGGCUUGGAGACCUCAUCCUCUGGCCAUAGCAGAGAGGGAGAGAGUAAUCUGCCUGAAAGCACUUUUGAAUCAGGAGGGCGAACUAGAUCUGUGGAUUCUGGGAUGCAUACCACAUCCUCCCCUUUCCCCUGUGUGGGAGAAAAUUCUCUCUGCCUUCCAGGAAUGUCUCCAGAGAAGUCUGUAGACAGCCCCUUCCCUCUCAGCUGUGCAUCCAAAAGAAAGUUGGGUCUUCUUGGUGUGCCAGGCAAGGAGGAAGAGACUAGGAAGAGGCUGUGUGUCUCUAGAAUGGAGAUGGGAGAAGACUCUAGUAUGGAUGUGAGUUAG